AAUUAUUGUUACCUCGCCCUCACUUCAUCCAGAUUAUAAGACUACCUAAGAAUUGUGAAAAUGUCGCACCAAGUUUUGACUCAAAAUGUUGAUAAGGAGAAAAAAAGGAAAGUUCCCUUGUACCCUGGAUUUCCGGAGCUGGCGCGAUCUGAUGUCAGCAUUUACCCUGCUUACUCAAAAUUGGCCUUGGCAUAUAGAGUAGUAUGCCGCCAUCGUUACCAUUGGGCCAAAGUCGCACAACGGAAACAGUUCAUGAGAGAACUGCACAGCUUCGAAAAACUGCAAACAAAUGCUCUGGACGGUGUGAGAGUACACAGAGAAUUCUCGCAGGGAAUCCUCUCACACACUAUACCUUCGCGACGAUACAUACAAAAGUUGACGCCAGAUCCGUUAACAUCAAAUCAAAGAAUGAGAGUGGAAGAAAUUAUCAGUGGAAGAGUUAACUUCAGUCAGAAAUAG